GUCUAAGUCCUUCAUAUGUGCUGUGUUCCUACAGGUCCCCUGGAUGUGAUUGAUGUGGACUGGUCCAGUCUGAUGCCCAAGCAGAAGCAGGAGCCCCGGGCGGCAGGGGCAGCUCUGCUCCGGUUCACCCCAGGGGCAGUGCUCCUCAGGGCGGGCGUCUCCAAGCGGCUGGCUGGGCCCGAGCUCCUGGAGAGAGUCAGGGAGGUCUGCAAGAAGGAGCUGGACGACCCUAAAGAUGCUGACAAGCUGUUUGAGCACGACCUGGGUGCUCUGAACAAGGCAGCUCUGAACAGGAAGGUAGAGAGGGCAGGUCUGCUGAGGAACCUGGGCCCCUGCUGUAAGGCCCUCUGUGCCCGUAGGGACAUGGCCAUCAGACGGCAGCUCCUCAAGAACGAAAAGGGCCUGACCAAGCAGAUGUACCCCAGUGUUCCUGUGGUGGACAGUGAGCUCUUCCAACUUAGCAUGCGUCUCUUCAAGAAGACUGUAGCCGCCGCCAGAAGCAACCAGCCCCCGUUGGGGCCCCCAGCAGGCCCAGAGAAGGCCGACAAGGGGCUGGUACCGGCAGCUUCACCGGUAGCCAAGCCCGGUACACCACAGCCCCCCGAGAUGUGUGUCUCCUGAGAGCGUGCAGGGCUUAUGAGUAAAAACAAACGCUGCAUGAUGAAACUGACCUAUGAUCAGAAAUUGAAUCAGCUCUGACUACUAAGCCUGCUCUGAGUCCCUGCCCCCUAACUCUAAACCCCGCCCCCUAAUGCUAAACCCCGCCCCCCUGCUAUAGCCUUUUUAAUCACAUGGAAAAAUCUAACAAAAUGCUGAAACUCUUGUCAGUCAGCAGUGCUGUCAUUAUGGAAGACUGAUCUGAUCCGCAAGUACUCUACUGCUUCUACCAUAGAGACUAUUGGAGAUACUAGCCUAUGGAGGGAUUGAUAGAGGCAUUGUACAAUGUACUGUACCUUGAACUAGAAAUGAAAAUGCUACAGGAAAGACAUGCAUUUUCCCGAUUAACACAGUUGUUUUUGUGCGAUUGGAUAUUUGUUGUCGGGGGGUGAUAAGUCUCCCUUUCAUAAUGAAGUUGCUAUAUGUUUUUUGUUUCUUUUGUUGUGCAUUAGCUUUGAAGACUGCAUUAAAGUGGUUAGUUGUUCAUUUGUAA